GCGCGAUGGGGCAGGCCCAGCUGCUGUGGCUCGCCUGGGUGGCGGUGUGGCUGCCGGGAGGCGAAGCCAAGACGAUCCGAGGCGGUCUCUCCAGCGCCGCCGCCAAGACUCGGGCUGGCCAGGCGCUGGCGCGGUUCCAGUUCCAUGGUGAUUCUGCUCUCCUGUAUCUCAGAAUCAACAAUGUAGCAACAGCUGCAGGAAAAGAAGCUAAGCUUCACCUGUUUCAAGCUCAGGAAUGGCUAAAACUACAAGCAAGCUCUCAGGAAUACAGCUGUAAAGACAAAUGGUCCAAAGCUCAGUUGAUAAUGAACAUGAACAGCACUGAACAGAAUUUGACGCUCUCCCAGGUUCCCUAUCCAGACACAUGGUAUGUGUUCUAUGUCGACAAGUUUACCUGUGUGGAGAAUUAUGAGAACUCUGAAUCCGAGGAUGUUCAGUUUGAACUGGUGUUGCUAAACCCUGAUGCGGAAGGGAAUCCAUUAGAUCACUUUAGUGCAGGGGAAUCGGGUCUACAUGAGUUCUUCUUCCUACUUGUCCUGGCAUACUUCAUCACUGCUUGCAUAUAUGCUCAGUCCUUGUGGCAAACCAUUCAGAAAAGAGGACCAAUGCACACAGUGUUAAAGGUGCUGUCAACCUUUUUGCUCUUGCAAGCAGCUUCAGCUUUUGCAAACUACAUGCAUUUUUCAAGUUACGCUAAAAAUGGAAUAGGAGCACCUUUUAUGGGGACCCUUGCAGAGUUGUGUGACAUAAUCUCUCAGAUGCAGAUGCUGUACCUACUGCUGAGUUUGUGUAUGGGAUGGACACUAGGCAAAAUGAAGAAAUCUCAGAGCAAACCUCUCCAGUGGGAUUCUACUCCAACAUCCACUGCCAUUGCGGUCAUUGUGGUUGUGACACAGAGUAUUUUACUAAUUUGGGAGCAGUUUGAAGAUACUGAACAUCACAAUUAUCACUCUCACCAAAGUGUAGCAGGUGGACUGCUCAUUGGCUUGAGAAUUUGCCUAGCUUUGUCAUUAGGCUGUGGCCUUUAUCAAAUAAUUCGAACUGAGAGAAGUACACUGAAAAGAGAAUUCUAUAUCACCUUCACCAAGGGCUCUGUUGUGUGGUUUUUGUGUCAACCAGGUCUUGUAGCCAUAUCUCUAAUGUUUAGAGAUUAUCAGCGAGAAAAGAUUAUUACCAUAGGUGUCAUACUCUGCCAGUUGCUGUCCAUGGUUCUUCUAUACCGACUCUUUCUUUCUCAUAGUCUUUACUGGGAAGUAUCUUCUCUCUCUGCAGUGACGUUGCCUCUAACUGUAGCAUCUGGACAUAAAAGUCGGCAUCAUUUCUGAGAUGUGUUUAGGAGAUUCAUUGACAAAUGUGCAAUAGAGACUUCGAAGCUGCAGCUAUUUUCAGCAUUUGUCCAUUAGUUGAUUAUUUUUUCUGGAAGAGCUAAAGAAUUACAAUGCAAUAUUCCAAUAUGUCUGGGUCAUACCAAGCAUAGGAAUUAAGUGAAUUUUCAUCAACAACAAGAACGAAGAUAGUGACAGGCAUAUACACGGUGAUUCUUACUGUUUUGAAUGAAGACAAAGCAAGUUGUUAGACUCAAUAUAUUCACUCCAGAACUGCCUCAGAGGUUACACUGAUUGUGCAGGAUAGUCUUGCUAUUAAAACAAUAGGUUGGCUAAAAGUCUCAUUGAAAUAUGUGUACAAAAGUUAAACGGGGCUUGGAAAUUAUAUUAGAUCCAGAAAACCAGUGUAUAAUGUUUACAGUGAACUGUAGUUCUCAUUCUAUAUAAUUUUUUAAUAUAUAAAAAAGCACUUUCUUGCCUUGAGUUUUGGAUAUGGUUCGAAUUUUAGCUUUAUCGCCAGUUGCUUUUUUACAUUCCGUGGCUAGAUCCAGUGCUAGUUCCAGCUAGAAGAGGUGCAUUGAAAUCAUUAGGGCUUGUGUUACCCAUGAUUAAGUCAUCUCAAUGGGUCUGUUCUAGUAGGCAGCACCAAUGGAUAUAGCCUAUACCGUGUGGCAAAAUGUUCCAAGAGAAUAAGAGAAAUGGGCUAACAACUACAGAGCUGUUGUUGCUAUUCUUCCUAAAUUGUAACAUUAAGAAUAAAAAAAAAAAACAGAGAGAGAGAGACUUGUGUUUCCUAAACAGAGGAAGGGAAAAUGGAAUGUAUGAUGCAGCACUAGAAUUUAAUCCUGAUAUAAUUCAUUACUCCUACAUUGAGGAUUCAAUCUAAUUAAGCCAUAUUCACAGAUUAAAUUAACAGAAGCAUUUCAAAUAAAUGUUAGUUUCAAUCAUCAACUACUCAUGAAUUCCUGCCCAAGGAUACUUAAUCAGGAUUAAAUUUUCUCUGAAUAAUUGAAAAACAAAAUACUCGCUGGAUUUGUUAUAAUCCAUGUUGGCAGUGGCUUCUAAGUAGUUGCUGUCUCCCACCCAUGUAGGAGACCCACAUUUUCGAAGGAUGUCUAGCAUUCAGACUGCCAUUGUAAAUAUAUACUUUUAUUGAAGUGCCUAUUUAUUGUUCAAGAUUUAGAUUGUGCGGACAAUUUUUGCUAUAUAAAUAAACAUUCCUGUUCAGUA